CAACCAACCGCCGCCUAUAAAUCCUGCGGCAGCGCCUUUGUUUCUUCUCGCCAGCCACCACGGUGAUCAGACGAGAUCGAGCUAUGGCUACCACCGUGACCCAUGACCCGGAAGCGGCGCUCGCCGGCGAUAAGGAGCCGAGGGGGCCAAGGUCCUUGCUUUUGCGCGCGCGCGACAACCUGGCGUUCCGGUCGGUGUGGUCGGAGCUCAACGGCGCCAUGGGCGACCUGGGCACCUACAUCCCCAUCGUGCUGUCGCUGGCGCUGGCCAGCCACCUCGACCUCGGCACCACCCUCAUCUUCACGGGCAUCUACAACGCCGUCACCGGCCUCAUCUACGGCGUGCCCAUGCCCGUGCAGCCGAUGAAGGCCAUCGCCGCCACCGCGCUCUCCGACCCCUCGUUCGGCAUCCCCGAGGUCAUGGCCGCCGGCAUCCUCACCGCCGCCUUCGUCCUCUUACUCGGCGUCACGCGGCUGAUGCAGCUCGUCUACUGGUUCGUCCCGCUCCCCGUCGUGCGCGGCAUCCAGCUCGCGCAGGGGCUCAACUUCGCCAUGGCGGCGGUCAAGUACAUCCGCUACGAGCAGAACCUCGGCAAGGGCAAGUCCUCCGGCCGCCGCCCCUGGACCGGCCUCGACGGCCUCAUCCUGGCCAUCGCAGCCAUCUGCUUCAUCCUCCUCGUCAACGGCGCAGGAUCCGAGAGCAGCCGCCGCAGCAGCAGCAAUAGCAGCACCGUCCAAGAUCAAGGCCAUGGCCAAGGAGGAGACAGAGACACACAUCGCCAAAGCCAAGAAGAAGGAGAGCGCCAAGAAGAAGAGAGGGACGAAUCAGGUCGCUGGCGCUCCAUGAUUAGGCGCGCGGCGCCGGCGAUCCCGUCGGCGGUGAUCGUGUUCGUGCUGGGCGUGGCGUUCGCCGUGGCGCGGCACCCGGCGGCGGUCCGUGAGCUGCGCGCGGGGCCAUCGCGGAUGCGCGUGGUGCGCAUCUCGCGUGAGGCGUGGAGGCAGGGGUUCCUCAAGGGCGCCGUGCCGCAGAUCCCGCUGUCCGUGCUCAACUCCGUGGUGGCGGUGUGCAAGCUGACGCGCGACCUGUUCCCGGAGAAGGCGGCGGCGGCGUCGGCGACGUCGGUGUCGGUGACGAUGGGCGCCAUGAACCUGGUAGGGUGCUGGUUCGGGGCCAUGCCGUGCUGCCACGGCGCCGGCGGGCUGGCGGGGCAGUACAGGUUCGGCGGGCGCAGCGGCGGGUGCGUAGCGGCGCUGGGCGCGCUGAAGCUGGCGCUGGGGCUCGCACUGGGGGGAUCCAUGCUGCGCGUGCUGGUGGCGUUCCCCGUCGGGCUCCUCGGCGUGCUGCUGCUCUUCGCCGGCGUCGAGCUCGCCGUCGUGGCCAGGGACAUGUCCUCAAAGGCGGAGGCGUUCGUCAUGCUGCUCUGCGCCGCCGUGUCGCUCGUCGGAUCCAGCGCCGCGCUGGGAUUCCUCUGCGGCAUGGUCGCGCACGGCCUGCUCAUGCUCAGGGCCUGGGCGAUGGGGUUCAGGCUGAGCUAGUUAGCAGCUAGCGCCAUCGAUCCCCAUUCAGGUCGCGUGUGUUGUAAAUUGUGAAUUAUGAUUUGUGAUUCUGUGUGUCCAUACAGUACCCUGCCACUACUCGUUGACUGGGAAAUUUCAUCUUCAGCAAUAUUAUCAGUACCGCUCCAGCUUGACAAA